UCUCAUCUUGAAUACACUCAGCUGAGUUAAUAACUAGCUAGACAGGGAAAAGGCAGAAAUAGAAAAGAAAAAAACCACAAAUUAAAUCGAUCGGGAUUCAAGCUGCCGGGAGAGAUGCAGGCCGGGAAGAUGGUGAAGUCAAGGUUCAACAAAGUCUGCGUUUUCUGUGGGAGCAGCACUGGCGCAAGAGACUGCUACCGUGAAGCUGCGGUGGAACUAGGCCAAGAGCUGGUAUCGAGGAGGUUGGAUCUUGUUUAUGGAGGAGGAAGCGUUGGAUUAAUGGGCUUAGUCUCUCAGGAGGUACACCGUGGUGGUGGACAUGUGCUUGGAAUCAUUCCCAAGACUUUGAUGAGCAAAGAGAUAACUGGGGAAACAGUCGGGGAGGUCAGGCCUGUAGCCGACAUGCACCAAAGGAAGGCCGAGAUGGCCCGCCAUUCUGACUGUUUUAUUGCUCUUCCAGGUGGUUAUGGAACUUUGGAAGAGUUAUUGGAAGUCAUAACAUGGGCCCAGCUUGGCAUCCACGACAAGCCUGUAGGUUUGCUUAACGUGGACGGCUACUACAACCACCUUCUAUCAUUCAUAGACAAAGCGGUUGAUGAUGGCUUUAUCAGGCCAUCUCAGCGCAGUAUUAUCGUCUCUGCUUCUAACUCCAGAGAGCUUGUUCAAAAACUCGAGGAAUACGUUCCCCUCCACGAUGGGGUAAUUUAUAAGGCCCAGUGGGAGGCUGAACAGAUAGAGCUCAAUGCUUCUAUGCAGACUGGUAUUGCUCGUUAAUUAAGAGUACUUUUUUUUUUUUUUUCUUGUUUCUUUCAUUUAGUUUGAGUAUUUCAGGGGAGAGAAAGAAAGCAGUUUUGUUACUCUCUAUUUCUCUCUUCCAAUUACUUUGUAUUUAUGUCUGGUCUAAAAUGGAUAUCAGGAGAUUCCAUGGUUUGAUAACUAAAAGAAAAGUGGCAGCUCCAU